AAAUGAAAACAAAAAUAUAAACCAUAGCGCCGCUGCUCUCUGACCCUUCUAGCAAGAAAACUUUCGACUUUCUCGAGUCCCCCCCCCUUCAGCAACAGCUUUCGCCACAACUCUCUUUCUACCUCCGACGAGCUACUUUCUCCGGCGACGACAAUGGUUCUCGAGGUUAGUUACCGGCAGCUCAUCCCCUAAAUUUAUCCCGUCCCGACUCAUUUAUCCGGCCCACCGUCUGUCUUCUAGUAUCGAAUUCGAUUCAAUCGCGGCGAAACAUAAGCUUCGAUGAAAAACGGGUUCCUGUAUUUUUUUCUUACGAUUUGGUCUUGUUAUCAGGCGACUAUGAUAUGCAUUGACAAUUCCGAAUGGAUGCGUAACGGAGAUUACACUCCUUCCCGUUUCCAAGCGCAGGCCGAUGCCGUCAAUCUCAUCUGCGGCGCUAAAACUCAGGUACUUUCUUACAGAAGAGUUGAAUUUUAGGGUUUUUGCCCCUCGAUUUGGUUUGCAUGAUCUCUCUUGCUGCUUGGUUGGUCUCUGGUUUAAUGAUUUGAUUUGGAAACGUCGCAGUCGAACCCGGAGAAUACGGUAGGGAUCCUGACGAUGGCCGGGAAAGGAGUGCGUGUUUUGACUACUCCCACCACUGAUCUUGGGAAGCUCCUGGCUUGUAUGCAUGGUACGGGUAAUGUUACUGAAAACUUUGAGGUCGUUUAUACUUUAUAUACGGAAUUCGUGGUAUUUAGGUUAUGUGUUAUGAGUUGGGGAUAAAUGGCAUUCUGGACUGGUGGUUAUGGGAAAAAGUUCUCUAAUUUGUUGGUACGAGGUCAGAAAAUAUGUUAGAAGGUGGAAUGGUUUUAAAAUCUAAAUCUCGCUCUAACUUAGAUGUCUCACCCGAGCUGCAACUCUGCCUAUUUUGUAUAGUAGUGGGAACCUUAGUAUUGGGAUUCUGAUCACUGAUUGUAAGCAGAUUGCUACAGUUUUCUUCACGGUGACUUUUACAUCCUAAUAAUCGUUUUCAUCAGACCACUGGAAGUUUCUCAUUCUAGUUUCUCUACAGGUCUGGAAAUAGGAGGUGAAUUGAACAUUGCAUCUGCAAUCCAGAUUGCUCAAUUGGCUCUUAAGCAUCGUCAGAAUAAGAAUCAGAGACAAAGAAUCAUAGUAUUCGCUGGAAGGUAGCUCAUUUGUUUCUUUGAGGAGUUUAUUUGUUCGCUGAACCAUACAUCUGAACUCAAAACUACUUUGUUUUUAUCUGCACAUGUUUGCAGUCCAAUUAAAUAUGAUAAGAAGAUGCUUGAGUCCAUAGGCAAGAAACUGAAGAAGAGCAGUGUAUCUCUUGAUAUUGUCGAUUUUGGUGAAGAAGAUGAGGGGAAGCCUGAAAAAUUGGAGGCCCUCCUAACAGCCGUCAAUAACAAUGAUAGCAGCCAUAUAGUUCACAUUCCUCCUGGUCCGAAUGCCCUCUCUGAUGUUCUCAUCAGCACUCCUGUAUUCACCGGAGAUGGAGAAGGAGGAAGUGGCUUUGUGGCAGCCGGUCCAGCAGCUGGCGGUGAUUAUGAUUUCGGCGUUGAUCCUAACAUCGAUCCUGAGCUGGCACUUGCCCUUAGAGUUUCCAUGGAAGAGGAGAGGGCAAGGCAAGAAGCUGCUGCUAAAAGGGCUGCUGAGGAAGCUUCAAGCCAAAACCAAGGAGACGAACAAUCAUCCAAGUCACAGGAUACAACAAUGGCCGACACCACCGGAGCAUCGGCAGCAGUGGCUACUGAUGCUGCUGAACCAAUGAGUGAGGUGGAUGCACUGCUACAGCAAGCAAUUGCAUUGUCAAUGCAAACUCCUGCAUCGGAUUCAGCCGUCCGAGAUACUGAUAUGUCGGAGGCAAACAAUGAGGACCAGGACUUGGCAGCUGCGCUUCAAAUGUCCAUGCAGGAAGGUGAAAAGGAUUCAUCAGGUCAAAUGGAUAUGAGUGAGGUGCUAGAGGAUCAAGCCUUUGUGUCAUCAGUCCUUGCAUCGCUUCCUGGUGUUGACCCUAAUGAUCCUUCCGUCAAAGAUCUGCUUGCAUCUUUGCAUGGCAAGUCCGAGUCUUCUGAUCAGAAGAAGGAUGAAGAAAAUGCAGCAAAAGACGACGAGAAGUGAAGAAGUAGUCGCUCUUUUAUCUCUCUCCCAAGCGAUGUUUUCUUCUACAUCUGGGGCAUGGCGUCCAUGUAAACUUAUUUAUAUGCAUUUUCUAGCUGUAUUGUAUUUGAUCGCCGGGUAGUUAAUUUGGACAAGAAGGAUUGGAUGGAACUCUUUUGUUUCCCUUUCCAAUGCUAGUGAGUUCUCUUCUGAAAAUAACUAUAUAUUUUCAGCCGUGGCUAUGAUUGAACCAUAUGAUCGAAUUCCACCAGAAGCUUUCAGAAUUUCGCCCAACUUGCAAAAUGACACCCACUUGUUUCUCCUCCAAUGUACAGUGAGAGCUGAAGAAGUUCAUGAUUAUCUGCUCACCAAACCCAUCGAGUAGUUCCAUUAAGAAGCCGUCAUAGAUCAGGAGAAUUGAAACUCAAUUGGGAAAACCAGUUCAAUAAUUACUAAUUCAUACAACUACCAUCAAUAAGAAGGAUCAGUGGUGGCUGCCAAUAUAAUGAAUUAAGAAUUAAACC